CUCUGGAGUCUGUGGAGCGGGACAUCACUUCCGCCUCCCUCCCCAACUCCUACAGGCUGCUUCCCUCCCCUGGCCUGUGUGCAGGGGUGUGGACUGCCAUCGGGGCUGGUGGAGCCACUUCUUCAAUUAGGCAGUUACUGUGGAAAGACGAGCACCAUUCCCAAAGAGCCCAGUGCUCUCGGAGAAUGAACAGAGAGCUGGCAUUUCUGAGUAAAGCUCCUGCCCAGUGUGUUUCAGAUCUCCUCUGAGCAUUUGAUACGAUGUCUAAAUACCUUGAGAGAAGAUGGACACAGAGCAUCCACUGUGAAUCUGAUAAACUCCUAUCAUAACGUAAGCAAGACAAUAUCUCUUAAGGACUUACAAGCUCAGAAUGGCUCUUCAAGGAAGGACCUGUGUGUGGCUAUUUCGGUGUUUCCUUUUGCUGGGACUUUUGCAUUGGACUUGGGGUUCCCUGGUGAAAAGCAACCGUGGCCUACGGGUAAAGAGGGGCCAGUCGGUCUUUCUGCAAGAGGGAGAUCUGCAGUUCCAUAUACCUAUGGAUAAAGACACGUGCAAGCUGGAAGUAAUUCUGAAUGAGCCUAUUACACAACGUGUUGGCACACUUUCCCCGCAGGUUUUUGACUGCCACUAUUUGAUUGAUGAGGUGAAAUACACUCACAAUGGCUGUCCCAUUUUAAAAAAGGAUAUUAUCAAGCUACGACUGUACAAAUUCACAGAGACAGAGACCUAUAGUGAACUGUUUUCACUCCAUGUUGAGAUUAUGGAACCUGACUGCAAUAUUAUAAAGCUGGGACCAGAGACACUGCAAGUUCCAGAGUUCUAUGGCUUUUCCAAUGUGCUGGAUGGUAAUGUAGUGUCCUUCCACUAUGAGCAUCAAACCAACAUAGAGUGUACGGUCAGGUUGAUCACGUCAGAGUCACAUCUACCUGGACACGGUCAGCUGGUCACUGGGGAACCCGAGAAGAUAGAAGGGCCACGAGGAGAUGAACCAGAUAGCUUUGUAUCUAUUCGACAGCAUUUGGAUAAUAAGGCCAGAGCCAACUGCAAGAGCGAAGAUUGUUUAAAAGGACUGAAACUGGUAAAGAUUACGAAAGUGCCCUGUGAUGAAUUCUUAAUGAUGGGCAUUCGCUACCAACAUAUUGAUCCUCCAUCACCUGACAUUGAUUACAUUGCUAUCAGACUGGACCUUACAGACACCAGGAGCAGGAGAAUAACCCAGUCAGAGGAAGCCUGGAUUCCUGUGACAGUUAAAGGAGCAAUGCCUAACCAGCCCCCCAAGCCUGCCUUCAUGUCCAGGUUUAUCCUUGAGGUGGAUCAGUUUAUUCUGACUCCAUUCUCCACAGCCACUCUGGACGCAGAAGAUGAUGAGACGCCUAAGAACAGGCUGGUGUUCAAUAUCACCAGUCCACCUAGUCAGGGCUUCAUCACUCAUCUGUCUGACCACACGAAGCCCAUCUCCUCCUUCACCUGGCUGGACCUCAAUGACAUGCUCAUCAGCUUUCAGCCCCCCAAUUCCAGUGAGACACAACGCAGAAACUAUGAGGUGGAGUUUGAGGUCCAUGAUUUCUACUUUGAGAAAAGCCAGCCUGUAACGGUACAUGUGUCAGUCAGAACAGCAGACACAAAUGCACCAAGAGUGUCAUGGAACAUGGGUCUCAGUCUCUUGGAAGGCCAGUCUCGUCCCAUAACGUGGGACCAGCUGCAGAUUGUAGAUAAUGAUAAUCUGCAGGCUGUGAGAAUCAUCACUGUGGAAGGCUUACAACAUGGCAGGCUGACUGUCCGAGGUGGGAAAGGGUUCAUUUUCACUGCAAAUGACAUCAAGGCUGGGGUGGUGCACUAUCACCAUGAUGACAGUGAUACCACCAAGGACUUUGUGACCUUCCGGAUCACCGAUGGCCGCCACCAGACCAGGCACAAAUUCCCCAUCAAUAUUCUACCCAAGGAUGACAGUCCUCCUUUCCUCAUCACCAACAUGGUCCUGGAGUUAUCUGAGGGGCAAAGGGCUCUCCUUCGUGGGUCUAUACUUCAAGCUUCAGAUAUGGAUUCCAGUGAUGACUACAUCUUGUUUAACAUCACUAGGCCACCUCAAGCAGGGGAGAUCAUGAAGAUGGCAGGGCCAGGAAUUACAGGUUAUCCUGUAAUGCGCUUUCUCCAAAAGGAUCUAUUCCAUUCCAUCAUCUACUAUAGGCAUUUUGGUAAUGAAGUAUUUGACGACUCGUUUGAGGUGGUGUUGUCUGAUUUUCAUGACCCACCCAAUCUCUCAGACCCUCAGAUAAUUGUGAUUCAAAUCCAGCCUGUGCCAGAUCAGCCACCUAAAGAAGGCCCAGCAGCCACACGGCAUCUGAUUGUUAAAGAGACAGAUGUAGUAUAUCUGACCAAGCAGCAGCUGCACUUUACUGAUUUGGAAUCACCAGACUGUGAGCUCACCUACACUGUCACCACCCCACCAUUCUACAGUAACAACUAUGGAGGACCUGAUGCAGGGAGGUUGUUUCUGGUUGACAGCAUCCCAAAAUUUACCAAGGACCCCAGUGCCCCAGUGCUCAGACUUUUCACACAGCAUGCUGUCAACUACAUGAAGGUAGCCUACAUGCCACCUAUCCAUGACGUUGGGCCUUACCCACAACACAUCCAGUUUGUCCUGUCUGUGACGAACCAGCAGGGUCACAUCACCACUGGAGUCUGUUUCAACAUUACUGUGCUGCCUGUAGACAACCAAUCCCCUGAGGUGCACGCGAGUCCACUGACAGUAGAGGAAGGGGCUGAGAGCUGGGUGAGUGUCGACCACUUGCGCCUGACGGAUGUGGACUCUCCGGAGGACUCUCUGCACAUGCAGCUGAAGAGACAUCCUCAGCACGGGGACGUGUAUCUGGAUGGUGCCCCCUUGAGUCAGGGCCAGACGUUCACCAUUAGGGACCUGAGAAACUUAAAAGUUAGAUACCAUCAUGAUGGUUCAGAGACUGAGCAAGAUGACAUUGAAUGCAUAGCCUCAGAUGGGGUGAAUUCAGUUGACUUUGUUCUGCAUAUCAAGGUAACACUAAUCAAUGAUGAGGUACCAUUGCUGGUGCCAGACUUGAAACCUGUUCUGGAGUGUGCAGAGGGACAGGAAGUUGUGAUCACUGUAGAGUAUAUCUCUGCAACAGAUGUUGACAGCGAUGACAACAGCCUCACCUAUCUGAUUGCCCGUCAGCCAUAUCAUGGUGUUGUUCUAAAGAAUGGUAUUGUGGUGGACAGGUUCAUUCAAGAGGACCUAAAAGCUAUGAUCAUCACUUACAAACACACAGGGCAGGAGAUUGGAUUGUUCCCUCGUCAUGACACCAUCACACUUGUGGUCUCUGAUGGACAGACACAUCCAGUGUCUGCUUGCUGUUAUGAGAGAACUCCUGUGUUUAACAAACCACCACCUCGCCUACACGACUCCCUACCAGUCUACGACCUCAAUGUUACUGUUUAUCCUGUGAACAACCAACAACCAUCUAUUGUUAUUGGUGAGGUCCUUGGUGUGGAGGAGGGGAGUGCUGCAGCUAUCACUGUUACCCAUUUAGGAGCCUCUGACCUAGACUCUCCUCUGGAGGAGCUGCAUCUUAUUUUGGUCUCUCCACCACAGUUUGGCUAUAUUGAGAACGUCCUGCCCAGUCCAGGCUUCGAGAAGAGCAACAUGGGCAUCAGUAUUGCUUCUUUCUAUUACAGGGAUGUAAUGAAUGGACACAUAAACUACGUGCAAUCCAGACACCAAAGGGUUGAGCCAACUGCUGACCAGUUUAUGUUGUGUGUGUCUGAUGGCAAACACCAAUCUUCUGCAAUCCCCUUCUAUAUAAUCAUCAAUCCGUCUAAUGAUGAAACUCCUGAUUUCCUAACCAGGAACAUUACUGUCCGUGAGGGAGACACGAAGGAGAUGGAUCCAUCUAUUAUUAAUGCAGUGGAUCUAGACAUUCCCAGAGAUCGUUUAACCUUCAGCAUCAUCCAGAAGCCCCAACACGGUGCCAUCAUGGGCAGUUUUCAGGUGAACGACGUGGCCCAUUACAAAAGAUCCCUCCAAAAGCAUGGGAAGGGGGUCCAUGUGCAAGACUUCACCAUGGAUGAUCUCAGAAAUGGUAUGACUCUGAUAUACAUGCAUGAUGACUCUGAGAGUGAGCAGGAUGGCUUCAUCAUCCAGCUCUCUGAUGGGAAGCACCAGCUCCAGAGACGCAUGUCGGUCACUGUUCUGCCUGUGAAUGACGAAGAGCCACAUGUUAUUCGGAACACUGGGGUUCAGGUAGAAGGAGGCGAGGCCAGGCUCAUAUCCAGUGCUGUGCUGAGUGCUCAUGACAACGACACUCCGCCCACUGGCAUCAUCUACGUGUUUGACAGUUGUCCCACUCACGGCCUGCUUCAGAUUAAGGUAGGCCUGGACUGGGUGGCCAUGUCAGCAGGUAUGAACUGUUCCCAGGAGGCUCUGGAAAUGAACCUGCUGCGCUACGUGCACACAGCCCAACCUGGACUUUACACGCAAGAUUCCUUCGUCUUCCAUCUGCAAGAUGGAAAAAAUCGCUCCCCUGAACAAUACUUCCAUAUCUCACUAAAGGAGCUUGAGAAAGGAGACAUAUCACUGCUCAUAAAGCCACUGAAAGCUAGCCGUGGAGAGCGUGUGGUGAUCACCACAGACGUCUUGCUGGCUGCAGAUGGCACAGACAUGCCGGAAGAGUUGCUCUAUGUCAUCACUGUAUCUCCGGUGCAUGGUCAUGUGGAGUACAUCAGGCACACUGGCAUUCCCAUUCACUCUUUCAGCCAGCUGGAUGUAGCAGCUAAUCUAGUGUGCUACGUCCAUGACAACAGAGCAACUUCACCUAGAGAGACGCUGCAGUUUGUCGUCAGUAAUGGAAAAUCCACCUGUAACGGUACUCUGGAGAUUCUGGUGGAGAUGACAGACAGGGUUCUCCCUAAGCUGAUCCAGAAAGCUGGCCUAAGGGUUCCCCAGGGUUCCACCAUUACUGUCACAUCUGAUAACCUGUACCUGUAUGACCCGGACACUCCGCCCCAUUCCCUGAUCUUCAGACUGGUGCAGCCACCACAGUAUGGUCAGCUUACUGUGAAAGGUGCUCCCUUAGCUGCGGGGAGUAACUUCACACAGAAGAACCUACGGGAUCUGGAUGUUGCCUACAGGCACUUUGGUGGAGCGUCUCAGAUCGACCGUUUUCUGUUCACUGCUGCUGAUGGCGCUGAGCGAGGAUUCCUGGUGGAAGGGAAGGUGCUGACAGAACCAGUCUUUUUCACCAUACAGAUUGAAGCAUUAGACAGUUCUUCUCCUAGUGUGGUAGUGCUAAAGACUCUGUGGAAGGUGAAGCUUCUUAAAGAUGGACGUUAUGGAAUCUACAUCUCAUCCAGAGAGCUGAAGGCCCAGGACGCAAACUCUCCAGAUGAGGACCUGACCUUUCACAUACUUAGAGUUCCUCACUUUGGCUAUUUGGAGAAUUCCACCAAUGGUGAGUUUGUGCAUCAACGGUUCACUCAGAGGGAUCUGAACAGGAAGAAUAUACUCUAUGUAAUUAACACUGCUCUAGAGGUUUUGACAGAUAGCCUAGAAUUUGCAGUCUCUGACCUGAUUGGUAACACUGGACCAUCUCACAAAUUAGAGUUCAGUUGGGCCAGAGUGGAGCUGACUGAGACAGAGCACCAUGUGUGUGAAGACCAAGGAGCACUCUCACUUACAAUUCAGAGGAAGGGCAAUACUCAGGAUUCAACAUAUGUAACUGUCAAGGUAAACGGACUGACAGCAGCUGUUGGGAAGGACUACAUACCUGCCCCCUCAGCUUUGAUUCAGUUUGACCCUGGCAUGGCCAGUCGGCUGUGGAGGAUGGAACUGGUGCAGGAUUCUCUGGAGGAGGCAGAGGAGAUAUUUGAGGUGACCCUGGAAUCCCCUGUAGGUGCAGUACUUGGAGGAAAUACCAAAGCCAUGGUCACAAUAGUGGACAUCAGGAACGGGCAGUGUGGUGAGAAACUCACCCCAGGAGGGACGACUCUUCAGGGUAAGGAGAUCCAGUUAGGGCCUUACCCCAAACAUGGCUCCAUCCAGGUGGAGACUUUACCCAUCACUCAGGGACAUGUCUUUGCUCGAGGUGACAAUUUGCCUCAAGUUAUUCCUCCAGUCUCUCAGAAAAGGCUAAGAACCAAUGGCAAUGGCAAGAAUGUUCGACCCUCUUCGGCUGUUCAAAGUGGAUCUGAGGUUGUUUACACUUAUCAUGGGAUCAUGUCAUUGACUGUGGAAGAUGACAGUGUGACCUCUCAGACCGGGAGGAAGGCACAAGUGCAAGUGACCAGCAGAGGGCAGCAGCGUUCAAUACCAGCCAAACGCAUGAGGCAGAUUCCAGUAUUGCCUGCAAAUAUACGAAGGGGAUCUGUUGCUCAGAACACUUCUUCCAGACCUGUGUCUAAACUCUGUACUCCAGAGGUGAUUGGUUUGCUCCACUAUAAUGAGAGCUUAUUGCAGCUCUUCCAUUGCAAUGGGGUUUCCUGGAAACCUUGGGUGGUGACUGAUGAGGCAGUCAAUGCACAGAAGUGUCCACAGGGAUGGACGUACCGUAACCACCACUGCUAUCUGCUGAGCAAUCAGCACAAGGCCACGUGGAACGCUGCGGCUCGAGCAUGCCGAGAGAGCUUCCAAGGCAGUCUCGUUAGUGUCCUGUCCAAGGCAGAUAUGGACUGGCUCUGGGACUUCAGUGAGAGGAAGCCCUUCUGGAUUGGUUUGAAUGACCGGGAGAACAAAGGCCAUUGGGAGUGGGUGGAUGGAGAACCAGUCACUUACACCAACUGGAGGCGGAGUCCUCCCCAACCCAGGAGGAAGGGCAACAAGAAGUGUGCGCUGGUCUGGAGGAAGACAAAAUGGCAAAUACGAGACUGCAAGAUGGGAAGGGGACAUCAUUAUGUAUGCUAUUUAAAAACAUGAGCGAACAACU